AUGGCUAAUAAAUCUGUCCUCCGGUUUCCGCAAGACGCGGCGCCUCUGGCGGCGAUCGGAGCGGCGGCUAUUGCUAAGAUCGAGAUCGAUGCCGCCGUCGACGCGAGCCUGUCUGGAAGCACCCCGCCCGUGCUGUACCUCCCCACGGGCGAAGAGCUACGGGGGGCCGGCACCAUCCUCCGCUAUUUCGGCCGCGUCGCGCAGCGGGAGGGCUUCUACGGCGGCUCAGAUCCAAUCGCCGCGUGCCAGGUGGACGAGGUGGUCGAUUAUGCACCAACUCUGGGCAUCGGCUCCGAGUUUGAGCGUGUGUGCGCGUACCUCAACAGCUACCUCGCCGCGCGCACCUUCUUUGUCUCCUAUGACCUCUCCAUCGCUGAUGUCGCCAUCUAUGCUGGCCUCUUUGCCACAGGGCAGCGGUGGGACAGCAUACGCCGGUCGCCCACAGCCAAGUACCCGAACCUCAUCCGCUGGUUCAACACCGUCUCCGCCGAAGCUCCCGACCUCGCCCCGAGCCUGCUGCCCUUCAGCAGGAAGGCCGCCCAAGCCUUAGCCUCGGCAGCCAAGAAGGGGCCAGGCGCGGGCGAGGAAGCAGGCAAGGGCGGCGGCAAGGGGAAGGAGGAGAAGGGAGAUGGCGGUGGGGGGGCGGCAGGGGGGGCAGGCGGAAGCACAGGGGGAGGGGGAGGGGGGGGAGACAAGCCAGCGGAGCUGGAGCUUCCAGGGGCGGUGUAUGGGCAGGUGGUAACCCGGUUUCCGCCUGAGCCCAGCGGGUUUAUGCACAUCGGGCACGCGAAGGCGGCUCUGAUGAACCAGUUCUUUGCGGAGAAGUACGGCGGGAAGAUGCUGGUGCGGUUUGACGACACCAACCCCAGCAAGGAGAAGGACGAAUUCGUGGAGAGCAUUCUGGCUGAUAUGGCGAGGUUGGGCCUCACGUGGGACACGAUCACCCACACGUCUGAUUACUUCGAUGGGCUCAUUGCGAUGUGUGAGAAGCUGAUUCGCGAGGGGAAGGCAUACGUGGACAGCACGCCCAAGGAGCAGAUGCGGGAGGAGCGCAUGGUGGGCACCGAGUCGGCGUGCCGGGGGCACAGCAUAGAGCGCAACCUGGAGCUGUGGGCGGAGAUGCUGAAAGGCAGCGAUGUGGGCAAGGAGUGCUGCGUCCGCGCCAAGUGGGACAUGCAGGCAGUGAACAAGACCCUACGUGAUCCAGUGUACUUCAGAGUGGACGCAUCUGGUCUCCCCCAUCUGCGCACGGGCACCAAGUACAAGGCGUACCCCACGUACGACUUUGCAUGCCCCUACGUGGACAGCAUCGAGGGCGUCACCCACGCGCUGCGCUCCUCCGAGUACCACGACCGCAACGAGCAGUACUACCGCGUGCUGGAGGACAUGGGGUUGCGGCGAGUGGAGGUGUGGGACUUCUCGCGACUCAACUUCGUGUACACGCUGCUGUCCAAGCGCAAGCUCGCGUGGUUCGUGGACAACGGCCGUGUCACCGGGUGGGACGACCCGCGCUUCCCCACCGUGCAGGGCAUGCUCAGACGCGGGCUCACCGUGCCUGCUCUCAAGCAAUUCAUUCUCUCACAGGGUGCAUCCAAGAAUCUGAACCUAAUGGAGAUGGACAAGCUGUGGACGAUCAACAAGAAGCUGAUCGACCCCGUGUGCCCGCGCCACACCGCCAUCCUCCUCGCCGCGCGCGUGCCGCUCACCCUCACCAACGGGCCCGACACCCCCUUUGUGCGCGUGCUGCCGCGGCACAAGAAGCACCCCCCUGCGGGCAUGAAGGCGACUGUGUUCUCUCGGCGCGUGUGGCUGGAGAGGGCUGACGCGCGCGUGAUCAAAGAGAACGAGGAGGUGACUCUCAUGGACUGGGGCAAUGCCAUCGUGCAGCGCAAGACCAUGCGGGCGGGAGGGGAGGGGGAAGGGGGAGCGAAGGAGGGGGGAGGGGAGGGCGAGGGGGAGGUGGAGGCGAUGGAGGGGGUGCUGCAUCUGGAGGGGUCGGUGAAGACGACAAAGCUGAAGCUGACGUGGCUGGCAGACAGCGAUGAGCUCGUGCCUCUCACCCUCGUGGAGCUGGACUACCUCAUCACCAAGAAGAAGGUGGGAUGGUGGGAUGGUGUGGUGUUGGACGAGGGAGAUGACUUCCUGGCGGCACUCAACCCGCGCACGCGGUGGGAGGAGGCGGCGGUGGGAGAUGCCAACAUGCGCAACCUGCAGCGGGGGGACAUCAUACAGCUGGAGCGCAAGGGCUACUACAUCUGUGACCAGCCGCUUGUGCGCCCACACAAGCCCAUGGUUCUCAUUGCCAUUCCUGAUGGCCGGCAGAGACCCCCGCCUGGUGCAGCUGCUGCUGCUGCUGCCAAGUAG